CUGCAAUUCAAUCGAGAAUAGGGAAAAUGGCUACAUCAACUGCAGAAUCACCCUCUUUAGGAGCCGAUCAAGUAACAAAUGGCACAGAAGAAGCUAGCCGUCCAGUCGUGGGCAUCAUCUAUCCGCCACCUGACAUCAGAAAGUUUGUCGACAAGGCAGCCUUCAUUCUAGCAAACAAAGGGCCUGAGCUAAUUGACCGCAUCAGAGACAAAGAAAUGCAUGAUUCUCGUUUCAGCUUCUUUAGUCCAACAGAUCCUUACCAUGCUUACUACCAAUUUAAGAUGAAAGAAGCCAGAGAAGGCAAAACACCUCAGGUAGAAAACAUGAAGGAAGAAGAGAUGGAAGAGGAGCCAGAAAUUAGACCUGCACCCAAAGAACCAGAACCCUUUGAGUUCUCUGCUCCUAUGCCAGCAAUGUCAGCACAGGAUUUAGAUAUCAUGAAAUUAACGGCACAAUUUGCGGCACGCAACGGUCGACAGUUCAUCAGUCAACUCGCACAACGUGAAUCUCGCAACUACCAAUUCGAUUUCCUUCGACCUUCCCACAGUUUAUUUCCUUACUUCACUGAUCUUGUGAAGCAAUACACAAAGGUUCUCGUUCCUCCAAAAGACCUAAAAGACAAAUUGAAGCAAAACACAGAGAACAAAUACAGAAUUUUGGAUAGAGUUAAAGAGAGAGUUGAAUGGGUUGCAUGGAUGGAGGCAGAGAAGAAAAAGAAGGAGGACGAAGACGAACGCGAAAGAGUUGCUUAUGCUAGUAUCGACUGGCACGAUUUUGUUAUUGUUGAGACCGUUGAAUUCACAGACUCUGAUGAGCAGGCAGACCUGCCACCCCCAAUGAGCCUGUCAGAACUCGAAAACAUGUCACUUGCACAAAAGAGACUGGCUGCAAUGCCUGAACCAAUUCAAGAAGACAAGACGGGUGACAUGGAAAUGGAUAUUGAUGAUGUUGAUAUGGAAGAGGAUGACGAUGAUGAUGAUGAUGAGGCUCCGCCACAAAGACCCUAUAUUCAAAAUGUCAGAGUACCUGCUUCAAAUACUGGAAUUAAGAUCCGUACAGACUACAAACCUAGAAUCCUGGGAUCCGGACCUGCCAAGGGUAAUGAAGCCACACAGCUGUGUCCUCGUUGUGGGGAAGCAAUUCCUAUAUCUGAGAUGGACGAGCACGUGCGCAUCGAAUUACUGGAUCCCAAGUGGAAAGAACAAAAGCUGGCUAUGGAGGCUAAAACAAAGGACAGUAACUUGCUUCAGGAGGGUACUGAUGUAGCCAAGAUUCUCAGAAAUUUCUCUGGAUACCGCUCGGAUAUUUUCGGUGCAGAAGAAACAGAGAUCGGAAAGAAGAUUGUCGCAGCAGAGGAAGAGGCAAAGAAGAAACAAAAAGUGGUCUGGGAUGGUCAUUCUGCAAGCAUCAGCUUAGCAACACAACGCGCAACACAACACAAAUCUAUUGAUGAUCAGAUUGCUGCUAUUCAUCGAAGCAAGGGAUUCACAUCAGAAGCAUAUGGACCUCAAGUACCAACUGGAGAACCAAUGCCAACAGAUCAAUAUGCAGGACAACCCGAUCAGCAACAAUAUUACUAUGAAGAACAAGGUUUUAAUGGAGGAUGGCCAGCCGGACAAGAAAACGUCAAGAAUCCAAACCUUUUUGCUAACCAAUUACCUGGAAUGUACAACCACCCAAACACAGCGCAGCCACCGCCACCCGGUGGAGUCUACCCAUACCCUGUAGACCCAUCAGUUGCUGCUGGUAAUCGCAAGGCAGAAGAAGAAGCCGAUGGACAAGCUGACUCAAAGCGGCAACGAAGAGAUAAUGAGCAACAAUAAAUCAAGCUGACAUGUCUACACACACGCACACGCACAUACACACACGCACACGCACACACUUACAAACACAAACACACACACACACACACACACUUACAAACACACAGCUUAUAUUGACUUCAUGUGUUUCAUUUCUCUUUUAUAAAUAAAAUCAAAACUACAUAUCAUUGAUACGCUCAACCC